AUGUCGGACGACGAUGAUUUCAUGCAAGACUCCGGCGACGAAGAUUAUGACUUUGAAUACGAAGACGCAGACGACGAUGACACCGGCGAUAUCGGGAUCGAGAACAAAUAUUACAAUGCCAAACAGACCAAGGUCGACAACCCGGAAGAGGCGAUCGACGAGUUCUUAGGCAUUGCGCCCAUGGAACAGGACAAAAGCGAAUGGGGAUUCAAAGGCUUGAAACAGUCUAUCAAGUUGGAAUUCAAGCUUGGGCGAUACAGCGAUGCCGUCGAACACUACCGCGAACUCCUCACAUAUGUCAAGUCCGCCGUGACACGAAAUUAUUCCGAAAAGUCCAUCAAUAACAUGCUCGACUACAUCGAGAAGGGGUCCGACGACGCAGAAGCUUAUCAAUGCAUGGAGGAAUUCUACUCUCUGACCCUCCAAUCGUUCCAAAACACAAACAACGAGCGCCUAUGGCUGAAGACGAACAUCAAACUGGCUCGCUUAUGGCUGGAACGCAAGCAAUACACCCAGCUGAGCAAGAAGAUGCGAGAACUCCACCGGGCAUGUCAACAUGAGGACGGAACGGAUGACAGCAGUAAGGGAACAUACCUACUCGAGCUCUACGCCCUGGAGAUCCAGAUGUUCGCCGAGACAAAGAAUAAUAAGCGCCUCAAGGCCCUGUAUCAACGGGCCCUCCGAGUACGUUCGGCAGUGCCACACCCCAAGAUCAUGGGAAUCAUCCGUGAAUGUGGAGGUAAGAUGCACAUGAGUGAGGAGAACUGGAAGGAAGCCCAGAGUGACUUCUUCGAAUCCUUCCGCAACUACGACGAAGCAGGAUCCAUGCAACGGAUCCAAGUACUGAAAUAUCUGGUCCUGACAACCAUGCUGAUGAAAUCCGAUAUCAACCCUUUCGAUUCACAAGAGACCAAGCCCUACAAAAAUGAUCCGCGUAUCUCGGCUAUGACGGACCUGGUCGAUGCAUUCCAGCGGGACGACAUUCAUGCAUACGAGGCGGUUUUGAGCAAACAUCCCGAUGUGCUUGCCGAUCCCUUUAUCACCGAGAACAUCGACGAGGUCAGCCGCAAUAUGCGCACCAAGGCUGUUCUCAAAUUAAUUGCCCCCUACACCCGCUUCUCGCUGCAAUUUAUCUCCAAACAUAUCAAGAUCUCGGUCUCGGAGGUCCUGGACAUUCUGAGUUUCCUCAUCCUCGACAAGAAACUCAAUGCCAAGAUUGACCAGGAUAGCGGGACAGUCGUGGUAGAGAGUUCGAGUGACGUGGAGCGCCUGCGAGCUGUAGGAGAGUGGAGCUCGGCGCUGCGCACACUCUGGCAAACAACAUUGAACGGUGAAGGAUUGCGCGCCGACGAUGGAGUCGGAGGGAUGUUUGCUGGGUAUGGAGAUGAGGGGAGAUCGUUACGCAAGGAUAGGGCCAAGCAAGCGCUUGCGUCCAGAAUGGCCUAA